AAAAUAACUAACCAUGCUGUUAUUUAGUAUCUUUAGUCUAGGGAUCUAUCAUCUAUAGAGAUCUAAUCUUGGCUAGGUCUAAAAUCGAGAUUAACCACCAGAGCCAGCAGAGUGUCAGUAGCUUUAGAAUCUAGCAAAAGAUCUAGAUUUCUAGAUCUAGUCAAGUGCAGAUUUAGAUCUAGAUAAGGCCAUAUUUUUGGCCAUUUCAGUCAUUUGUCAUUUGUCAAAAGUUUUGACAAAACUACCAGGUGGCAGGUUUCAUCAGGUCAGAUCUAAAAAUGUGUUCACAUUUAUUGUAUGUAUUGAAUGACGAUGAACGAUUUGUCCCUGUUGCUCUUCACCAAGAUUUCAAUGACAGGGUCCCACACAAUCCAUUUGGCAUAGGGCCCCGCAAUUGUUAGGGCUGGCCCUGUCUCUGAUACAUACAAAUGGUUGAAAGAAGCCAUGUUUGGUGAAAGCGGUAUUUGCUACCAGACACAUAGUGAUGUUAAUAAGACACCUCUUAGCAGUGUUGUCUGUGAAAAAAACACUGACCAUAGUCUUUUUAAGGACCUUGGAACCUUAUCGGUUGAACACUUACCUAAAAGUUACCAGCAUGAGGAUAUCCUUGCUCUUAUCAAAUCAGUAGCUGAUUUGGCUGUUUUGAUUCAUGUACCUGUGUUGAAUCAAGCUGGACUUUACUGGCAGGGAACGGGCAGAGUUGAGGAUGCCUUCAUUUUCAAAGAAAACACCAUAUGUCAGUGCAAAAAAUGCCAAUUAUCUGAAAACCCAAGCAAGGCAUGGGGCAAAGUUCAGAUAGUCACAUCCACAAAACUACCCACUGCUUGUAGGUAUGUGGAUAAUAUUAAAUGCACACUAUUUCACGAUGAUGAAGAGAAAACAGAAAAUCUAGCUUACUUAUUUGGAGAUGCCUACAUUUUUAACGAAGGAGGUGUUUGCAAAUUCUAUUGCUACACCUGUGACAUGGACCUGUUGAAUAAAUUGGAUGCUUACCUAGAUACCUUUGAAAGCAAGUGGACUUCUGCUUUUGUCAAAUACUUUGAAACAGUCAAGAGUGCAGAAGAAAGGCUGUUGGUCAUGAUCUGUCAUCCUCAUGGAUGCAAAAAGUAUGUAUCAAUAGGAAAGUGGUGCAAACUGAGGCCCAGUGUCAAAUUUGAAGCAGCAUCAUGUCCAGGAUGUGAAGGGUCUUUCUUGUUGAUUCCAAACUUUGACGUUAACGAUGAUGACUAUUGCUAAAGGAAUUAUGGUGCAGCUGUCUCUUUAUCUGUAGUCCUAUAUAUAUGCAUUAAUUUUAUUAUGCUUUUUAUUGUCAUUUAUCUUUUACUUGUUGUUACAUACAAAAUCAUUAUGAUUGAAUGACAAAGCCAUGCAUGAUGCAACUAUCAUGUUUUAAUAGUAGGAACUGCUACAGUAAAACUAUAUGUUGUAGUUGCUUG